UGCCACAGAAACUGCAGAAAAAAAAUAGGGAAGCCUACACGCCAAGAGUAGUCUCCAUCGGUCCCUGACAUCAUGGCGAAGGGCCCUUGGUAGCCAUGGAAGAGCAUAAGCUGAGGUACCUCCAAAAUUUUCUUUCUAAAUCCGGCAAAACCUUAGCGGACUGUGUUGAAAUUAUAUCCAGGGAGGAGAAAAGGGCCCGAGACUGUUACAUGGAGAGCAUAAACAUGAGCAGCAAAGAAUUUGUGAAGAUGAUUCUACUGGAUGGUUGCUUCAUCGUUGAAGUGAUCUUGGGCUUUUCCAACUGUCAUACUAUCAAACCAGAUGAUCGGGUAUACAACAAGCCAUGGUUGUUGUUUGAUGUGCGCCGUGACAUGACCUUACUAGAAAACCAGCUUCCAUUCUUUCUUCUUGUUACUCUCUACAGCCUGCUGCCCCUUCCACCAGAACACCAAAAUCACUGCUACUCAUUCCUUCUCCUUUCUGUCGAAUUCUUCAAAGACUAUUUGCAAAUUCCUGAAGCCAAAUGUUCUAGAGACAUAAUGAUUGAAAUUGAGAAGAAGACCUCUAGUACUGAUGGGGAAGUAAAGCACUUUGUUGAUUUGCUAGUAGUUUGUCUGCAGCCUUCAUCCCCUAGUCCAGUAGAAGCAUUUGACUUCAAACUCGUGAUACCUACUGCAACACAGCUCCGUGAGGGAGGAGUAAGGUUCCAGUUGCACGCACAGGAUAAACCCUUACUUGAUAUAGAGUACAGCGAUGGUGUUCUGAGAAUCCCAAGCCUAAUACUGCAGGAAAAGUGUGAAUCCUUAUUUCGAAACCUCAUUGCCUUUGAGCAGUGUCACUCCCGUGCACACGCUUACAUAACCGACUACAUAUACCUCAUGGAUCACCUUAUUAACACUACUAAUGACGUCAACCUACUUGUUCGGAAGAGAAUUAUUAGUAGCCAUCUGGGCGACAGCAAUGCGGUUAAGAAUCUAUUUAACAGACUACUAAUUGGUGCUGAAUUAUGGAGGGAUACCUUCCAUUUUUCAGGUAUAUAUGUGGAGCUUAGUGAAUACUUAGCUAGUCCAUGGAACAGUUGGAGGGCAACAUUGAGACAUGAUUAUUUCUGUUCGCUAUGGAGAGGGGCUUCUACAAUUGCUGCAGUUAUACUCCUCCUACUUACUCUCUUACAAACCAUAUUUUCGGGCAUGUCUCUUAAGUAAUUACUUUUGCUGCUGAAUUAUUUAUG